AUGUUCCACAGAGACAUCACAGCGAUGGUGUUCUGCUCCCAGCUGGACGCUCUGAUCACUGCGUCUGAGGAGCUCUCCAUCAGAGUCUGGGGUCCGGACUGGGACCUUCGGAUGGCUUUUGUUGGACAUAAUGGUGUGGUGAGCUCUCUGUUCUUCUGCCCGGCGGCCAGCAUGCUGCUCUCAGCCUCUCAGGAUUGUACGAUCCAGUGCUGGAGCCUCACGGACGGAGAUGUGGUGGAGUGCGUCCACGUGGAGCAGGAAGCCCCUCCGCUGUGUAUACGAGGAAAUAAAAAGGGAGAUACCUUCUUCUCGUUCUCUCGGCAGGGCGUGGACGUUUGGAGCGUCAGAUCCCUGUACACCCUGCACUGUGCACUCAGAGGAGCUCCUCUGAGGCAGAUCCUAACAUCGCCCGUUCCUGCUCCUUACCCCAAACGAGUGCUGUGUCUGAGCGGAGACAGUGACAUCACGCUGGUGGCUGCAGAAACAGGAGCAGUGUUGACUUCUUUCAGAGCCCAGCAGAGGCUCCUGUGUGCUGACUACUGCCUGCAGAGAGAGACCCUGCUGGCUCUGACACACACAGGCACAGUGCUGCAGGCCAGCACGCUCACUAACCCCAUCUCUGUGAUGCAGGAGUGGCAGGGCAGAGGUCAGGGGGUUUGGAGGCGUAAAGAUCAUGUGACCGAGAAAGACGCUCAGACUCUGCCCCCCCCCGGCCCCGCACAAUGCCUGGUUCUCUACAGCUGUGUGUCUGAAACACAAGAAGCUGUGGAGGAGUGGAGGAGUAUGCAGCAGAGGAGAGGAAGCUCCCACAGGAAGACAGCAAAUCUAGACGAUGACGAGAACAAGUGA